AUGCUCUCCGCAACUCGCUCCCGGCUGCCGUUGUGCAGGCGUGCGGCCUUUUCGAUCCAGUACCAGGCGCGGUUUCCCAGGCGGUACGAGUCUUCCAAGUCCGGACCCAAACUCCCGGCCGCCUACGACAAAGACCUAGCCGACGACCACGACGGCCCCCUCUACACCAACUUUGCAGACAAUGCCGUCUUCACAUUCGGCGUCCUCCGCCGCUUCGUCAAGUUUACGCUCAUAGGCUUUGCCUCCGUCGGCGUCCUCACCUGGACGGCCUUCGAGGGCGCACACCAGUACGUCGAAGCCGUCUGCCUCGCAAACGAGUCCGACCCCGACGUCAACAAAUGGGGCUGGGACCGCGACGGCGGCGACACCUGGCGCUGGUCCGGCGGCGACGCGGGCGGCACCGACCCCCGCCUCGGCUUCAAAGGCAGGCACGCCGUCCGCAGCGCCUGGAUGGCCCAGCACUGGGGCAUCGGCAGCGCGGGCAGCGUCAUCGGCUCCAAGGCCUUCUCCGCCCACCCCGGCGGCGGCCGCCUCAGCAUCGUCGAGGCCCGCCUCGAGGUCGCCCAGGAGUUUCUCAGCCUCGCCUUGACGAUCGCAAGGGAGCGCGCGGGGCGCGUGCACCCCGACACCCUCCCGACGCUCCUCGCGCGCCACGCCGGCAUCCUCGAGCGCAUGGGCACGCGCGACGCGCUCUUCGAGGCCCGCGCCGAGUUCGAGCAGGUCUGGGACGCCCUGGGCGGCAGCGGCGCCGACGCCGACGCCGCGCGCCUCGCGCUCAAGCUCGGCGACCUCAACAAGCGCCUCGGCGACACCGACGACGCGCUCGACUGGUGGGCGCGCGCGAUCCAGCUCGCGGCACCGUCGCCAUCUCCCCCGGAGCUCCCCCUGACCCCCACCGUGCCCGCGUCCCUCCCGCCGUCCCCGCUCGCGCAGCGCACCCUCGCGCAGACGCUCGUCUCCCUCUCCGCCUUCUACGCCACCUCCGGCCGGCUCGCCGACGCCCUCUCCCUCGAAUCCGCCUCCCUCUCCCUGCUCAGCCCCUUCCUCUCCCCCGCCCCGCCAUCCGACCCCGCCCCGCAGGCCCUGCACACCCUCUACCUGCAACACCGCACCGCCCUCCUCGCCAUCCACCGCGCAGAGGUCGCCUACGCGCUGCGCGCCGCCCCGCCCGCCGCGUCCCUCGCGGCGGACCUGCAACGCGCCGCGCAGCUCGCGGAGCGCGUCGCGCUCGCGCUGACGGGCGCGCCGGCGGUGCACCCCGACGCGCCGCUCAGCGCGAUCCCGCACCCGCCCGUCGCCGAGGGCGAGCGCGCGCUCGUGGGCGCGUACGCGCGCAGCCAGAGCAUGUCCCGGCCGGCGCGCGCGCUCCUGCGGGACGCGCGCCGCGCCGCGGCGGAGGCGUGGAACCUCGCCGGGGUGCUGUACGAGGGCCAGGGCGCGGGUAAGGAGGGCGGGAAGAAGGGGUGGUUGGGUGGAGGGAGGGAGAGGGAGGAGAGUGCUAGGGAUGUGGAGAGGGCGCUGGAGUGCUACGAGCGCGCGCUGGGGUGGGCGGGCGUGCACGCGGAUCGGGUGGGGAAUGUCGCGGAGCCGGCGGAGGCGAUGUUGGAGGCGGAGUGGAGGGUGCUCUGGGGGAAUUAUGUGAGGGCGCGCGAGGUUGUCAGGAACGCGAAAGCGCAGGAGAAGGAGAAGGCCAAGUAA